CCCGCCAUGGCGUCAGGCGCCGCAAAACCGGGGAGGUGGUUCCCACUUUAAGAAGUGAAGUUUUUCGCCCCCUCCCCCUCCCUGCCCACCUCCUGCAGGCUCCCGCGCCCCGCGGAGCUGGCGGAUGGAGCUGCGCUGCGGCGGCGUAGGGAGCCAGGCUGUGGGGCGCAGGAUGGAUGGGGACAGCCGAGAUGGCGGCGGCGGCUGCAAGGACGCCGGGUCGGAGGACUAUGAGAACCUGCCGACCAGCGCCUCCUUAUCCACCCACAUGACAGCCGGAGCGAUGGCCGGGAUCCUGGAGCACUCGGUCAUGUACCCGGUAGACUCAGUGAAGACACGAAUGCAGAGUUUGAAUCCAGAUCCCAAAGCGCAGUACACAAGUGUCUACGGAGCCCUUAAGAAAAUCAUUCGGACUGAAGGCUUCUGGAGGCCCCUGCGAGGCCUCAACGUGAUGAUGAUGGGCGCAGGGCCGGCCCACGCCAUGUAUUUUGCCUGCUAUGAAAACAUGAAAAGGACUUUAAAUGCCGUUUUCCACCACCAAGGAAACAGCCACCUAGCCAACGGGAUAGCUGGGAGUAUGGCCACCCUGCUCCACGACGCGGUAAUGAAUCCAGCAGAAGUUGUGAAGCAGCGCAUGCAGAUGUACGACUCGCCGCACCGGUCAGCCCUCCGUUGCGUCUGGACGGUUUGGAGGACCGAGGGCUUGGGGGCCUUCUACCGGAGCUACACCACACAGCUGACCAUGAACAUUCCCUUCCAGUCCAUCCACUUCAUCACCUACGAGUUCCUGCAGGAGCAGGUCAACCCUCACCGGGGCUACAACCCACAGUCCCACAUCAUCUCGGGUGGGCUGGCCGGGGCCCUCGCCGCAGCCGCCACCACCCCUCUGGACGUCUGUAAGACCCUCCUCAACACUCAGGAGAACAUGGCCCUCAACCUGGCCAACAUCAGCGGCCGGCUGUCAGGCAUGGCCAAUGCCUUCAGGAUGGUGUACCAGCUCAAUGGCCUACCCGGCUAUUUCAAAGGCAUGCAGGCCCGUGUCAUCUACCAGAUGCCCUCCACGGCCAUUUCCUGGUCUGUCUAUGAGUUCUUCAAGUACUUUCUCACCAAGCACAAGCUGGAAAAUCGAGCUCCGUACUAAAGGAACAGGCCAUGGGCAGUGAUUCCAGAAUCUUUUAUUUUAAAAAGGCUUUUCCUGCCUGCUUCCAUUCCCUUGACCUCACGCCGAGGUUAUGUUGACGGGGUGUUGGCAGGGUGGGCCCUCUGCUCCCUGACGCCUCAGAGAGCGGGGACAAUGGGACAGCCGCUGACCGGAAGGCCGUCCACAGGGACGUCUGAGGUGGUAGGUGGGGAAAGACUCUGGACGAGGAGUGGGGGAUGGCUUUUGCUCUCCCUCCCCUGACAGGAAUGUAGCUUUUCUGUCUCCCUGUAGCCGUCUCCUGCCCUAUGAUCGCAGCUCACAAGGGAGGGGAGAAGAUGUGCAGUGACUGAAAGCAUUAAAGAAAAAAAGAGAAUUCUGUAUAUAAAAGUUCUAGUACACAGUACAAAAUAGAUGGAUAAUGUUUAUCCUUUAUUUUUCUAUGUAGAAGUCUUUGGGCGUGUGUGUGUGUGUGUGUGUGUGUGUGUGUGUGUGCAAAUAAGUGGUACAGCUGGGAAUAUCAAGUUGUUUU